AUCAGUAGAAGGUUCCCUUAGCUGUAAAUAAACAUCUCGUAGACGUCAAAAAUUCACAGAAUCAAUAGCUGUUUCCAGGUGUUAUGUUUUGUACAUUGUACGAAGCUGUCCGCUAGACAAAGGCAGGCCGAAGCUGCUAGCUAAGUUGUUAUUCUAAUUUAUCGUGAUCGGAUUGUUUUGCUAGUAGUGUAUCAAAACACAUUAGCUGACAUCAAGCGGAGCACAAAAGAAUGAAUGUCGUAGAGAUUGAAAAUUUUGGAACCUGUAUCAUUUGUCCUUACAACAAGGCGCAUGUUAUUCCGGCUGCACGCAUACAAAGACAUUUGUUCAAAUGCCGACGCCAAAACCCGAAAGCAAAGAUAGCGGUGUGCCGCUUCAAUACGUCGCAUCAUAUCCCUGAAGCAGAAUUGAAGGCACACGAGAGGAAUUGUCCGGACCGGGUUUUGGUUGAAGUCUACAUGUACCCAAUGGACAGCGAGAUCCCUGCAUCGUCGAAAAUACCGAUGCCGCAGGCGGAAUAUAAUGGGAUGUACGAUGCUUCAGGUUACAACCCAACGGAGGAAGAAAACUGGGAUAAUAUGGAUGCUACGCCCUAUAAUCCAGAAGCAUAUUGCCGAAAUAACCCUAUUGUCAGGAAGGCGACGCAUAAGACGCAUGCUGAGAAAAAAAAGUUUUAUGAGGAAGAGCAGGUUCGUAUUACUACGCUACUGAAGCAACGCGAGGAAAAGAAAUAAAUCCGGAUGCUGUAAUGGUUUGUGUAUGUUAACUACACAUACACAGAUUUUUGUUUGUUCGACAUUAACGAUAAUGCUUCGUGUUUCAUCGAAGUAUUUAAGACAUGUAUCAUUUAAUAUUAAGUGUUAUACUUUUUCGGUUCGCAUAGGCUAACCGUUUUCAUAAAUAAAUCAGUAAUUGUGCCUUGAGUAGGAAGCGUGCAUAUCUGAA